UGGGCAGGCGGUCGCUGCGCUGGUGAAAGGCCGAGCCAGGCUUACGUGACUCUUGUCUCUCCUUUUUUUUUUUUUUUUUUAAAAACUCUCUAAAGUCGCCCGUAGCUCCGAGGCCCCAGAGCCGGUAACCUGAAAGAAGAAAAGCGUCUGCUGUAGGACUUUUUGGGGGGCUGGGAGAAGGCAGUGGCCAUGAGGGGAAAAGGGGGUGAGCCGUUCCGUGGCCUGUGAAAGUCGGGCCUGAGGUUACCACCGCACCCUCGGAGAAGAGAGGAGUCUCCCUGAACGUCCUUUUCCCGCAGAGGGAACGGCAAAGCUGCCGGGGCGGACCACGGGUCCCCAGCAGCUCGCCAGCCCCGGCUGAGUGCACGGCGUCCCCGUGGAGUCUUGGCGUAGGCCUGGAGCUGCUCCUUGGUUCCCUUUGCCGCGCUCCGUCUGGGCUUAAAGCCUUGGCAUCCCCCUUUGUUCCUGCCAGGAGUUUGUCCGUGGGCCCUGAGGAAGAGGGCAGUUCCCGAGGGCACCGCGGAAGGUGCUGGGUAGGAUGCUGUGACUGCUGAUUAGUCAUAACAGCAGCGAAGAGCAGAGCUGGCCAGCUGAAAUCAAAGCGUAUAUUUAGCCUUAGUUUGCGUUUGAACCCUAGCGUUUUCUUUUUCCUUCAGAAAUUUGACCAUGUGAGUCAGUGACUCAUAAAUAGAUCAUAUUCCUCCACGUUCUGCUUUGGGAGAGAUACUGGAAUAGCAAGCUGCUGUGGAAACUGGGCUUAUUCCUGUUAGCUCCCCACCAGCAAUCGGAGGUCUUGACUGAGAUCCCUUGUUACUAGGCUGCUUUGCUUCCUUUUGUAAUUCACUUUAUAGAAUGCAGGGUUGAGGUGUGGAAAAAUGUUGGCGUUUAUGUGCAUAAUUUAGGAAGAAACGUGGUGGAUUCUGGUUUUUGUAAGGGUGUGCGUGUGAAAUGCUUUCCUUCCUUAUUGUCUGUGAGUGUUUGAGGAGGAAGCAAAGAAACCUGGGCUUAAGGAUCUAGCUUUUGUUCUUUUAACUGCCCAAGUGCAGCUGAAUGCACAAAGCAAAACAAAACAAGGGAAUGCAUGAACCAAAUACUUGGGGAAGAAAGUUGUUUUGCACAGAAUGUAUAAAGUAACCGUGUGCAUAUGUAACUGCACUUUAGCUCUUGUCACCUGAACUCCAUUUCUAGAUGUGGUGGAGCGCAGAGGGAGGGCUAUAAGCUGUCCCUGGUAGGAGUGACCACAGGUUUGUGUUUGGUUACAAAGUAAGAACUUGGACCCCACCUUGAGUGCAUUACUGAGCUGCUUUGGUUCUGCGUUCUGACAAUUUUUAUUAUAUAGUCUCAUAAGUUUUCUGGAUAUUAAGUAAUUUAAUAAAUGCCAGUUCCUUAACUGCCAUAGGAAUUUGGAGGUGGGACACCUGAAGAAGCGGAAGGGGAAAUGUGCUACUGUGCUGUCAAGAUGUCAUCUGCUCUGCUCUUGCACCCUCCUUCCAGGCCACUCUGUCACUUGCUACCUCAGUGUUUGACAAUCAGUUUUUCAGUUGCUCUCAUUCUUGUUACCUAUCCUGAAAUUUCUGAAAUGCUCCAAAAAGCUGGCUCAUCAGCUUAUUCUGUCAGGCUGUAGAACAAGAAGUAGUUUUUUUCUCUGUGCACACUACCUAUAGAUUAUUAGUUAGUCAUUUCAAAGGGAGUUUUCAUUCAACCUACUGGAUUAGGCUUGUGUGAAUGAAAUAGUCUGUAAUAAUCAUCCUUAUAAUAUAUUGUUGGAAAGAUAAAGGUAAGUGGACAGAAUGAUGGUAUGUUAAAUAACUCUAGUAGAAUAGCGAUGAAGAAAAUAAAUCCUCCCUCUGACUCGUGUACCUGAAAAAUCUGGGAACAGAAAGCUUUUUUUCAUUAUGUUUGUUCUGCUUUUUAGAAUUUAUUUGUUUUGAUUUACCUAGAAUAAAGGGUAUAAAAUAGAGCCAGUAGCACCGUGCAGGUCAGGAAUUCUGCUCAAUAGUCACGUUCCAAAGUGUUAAUUAAAAGUGUCCAACUUGAUACUCUACAGGAGAUAAGGUUUCCAGAAAGUGAGAUGCCCAAAAUCAUUAGCCUCUUAAAAGUGUUGAAUGUUGCUUCGUUAUUGUUUGCCUUUUUAUGAGUUUUCCUUCCUGAUCUUGGUACUCCAGCACUCACCCUCUGUUUCUCAUGAAAGUCAGACAAGACACUUGAGUUUGUGUGAGUAUUUCACAAGGGAUUAUCUGAGAAAUGCAGUAACUCUUGUACUCUGUUGUUGCAGGCAGGUGGACUAAUGUCUAGAUUGCAUGCAAAUUCUUAGAGUCGUUUGGAUUUCUUUCAUAAUGCUGAAACUCAUUACCUAACAAAGGAAACAUAGUAUUAGGCAGUAUUUACUGCCUAAUAAACAACUAUUCCUAUGCCUUAAAUAUAUAUACAUUGGAUCUAGCAUUGGCGACGGUCUUCAGAAUUGGAUGUUGGUUUGGAGACCUGUUUGAAGACAAGUCUUUUGGUGCAGUGAAUGAAGAAAAGACACUAAUUUGGACAAGGAAAGAAUUCCUUGUUCUCUUCAAAAUCAUGUCAACGAUUGCUCCUAACCUUUUUGCAGUGCCACUAGGAAAACUGAAAGGAGUUUUCAAACCAGCUUGAGAAGAGAACGUGAGAACCAAUGGUCAAAUUUGCUUUCACUGCAAAUAUAGCUCUGUUUAUGUGUUUAAAUAACAUUAUUGGGAAUUUUGGAUUGUGUCUCCAUCCGUUUUAUAAGUAAUAUAAAAUGAGUUGACAUGUAAGCAGAGUAUGACAGUUCUUCUUUUGAUGGUGUUGCAGAUGUGGAAGGCUACUGCAGGCCACACCAUUUCUGUCAAUCAGGAUGAUGGAGCCGAUGACUGGGAGACAGAUCCCGAUUUUGUGAAUGAUGUGAGUGAGAAAGAACAGCGCUGGGGAGCUAAAACUGUGAAAGGAUCCGGCCAUCAAGAGCACAUCAAUAUUCAUCAGCUGAGAGAAAAUGUAUUCCAAGAACACCAGAACCUCAAAGAGAAGGAGCUUGAAACAGGACCAAAAGCUUCCCAUGGCUAUGGAGGGAAAUUUGGCGUUGAACAAGAUCGCAUGGAUAAAUCAGCUGUUGGACACGAAUAUCAAUCCAAACUUUCUAAGCAUUGCUCCCAAGUGGACUCGGUGAAAGGGUUUGGUGGCAAGUUUGGAGUCCAAACUGAUAGAGUUGACCAGUCAGCUGUUGGAUUUGAGUAUCAGGGGAAAACUGAGAAGCACGCCUCCCAAAAAGACUACUCAAGUGGUUUUGGUGGAAAAUAUGGAGUACAGGCUGACAGAGUGGACAAGAGUGCAGUGGGGUUUGAUUACCAGGGUAAAACUGAGAAACACGAGUCACAGAAGGAUUAUUCCAAGGGCUUUGGUGGUAAAUAUGGUGUUGACAAGGACAAAGUGGACAAAAGUGCUGUUGGCUUUGAAUAUCAAGGCAAAACGGAAAAACAUGAAUCACAGAAAGAUUAUGUAAAGGGGUUUGGAGGCAAGUUUGGUGUGCAGACAGACAGACAAGACAAAUGUGCACUUGGCUGGGAUCACCAGGAGAAAGUGCAGCUGCAUGAAUCCCAGAAAGACUAUAAGAGUGGUUUCGGAGGGAAAUUUGGUGUACAAACAGAAAGGCAGGACCCAUCUGCUGUGGGGUUUGAUUACAAGGAGAAACUAGCCAAGCAUGAAUCUCAACAAGAUUAUUCGAAAGGAUUUGGUGGGAAGUAUGGUGUACAGAAAGAUCGGAUGGAUAAGAAUGCAGCAACUUUUGAAGAUAUUGAAAAACCAGCAUCAACUUAUCAGAAGACCAAGCCAAUAGAAGCUGUUGCUAAUAAAACAAGCAGCAUCCGAGCUAACUUUGAAAAUCUAGCCAAGGAAAAAGAGCAGGAAGACCGAAGGAAGGCAGAAGCUGAGAGGGCACAAAGAAUGGCCAGGGAGAAACAAGAACAGGAGGAGGCUCGAAGGAAACUGGAGGAACAAGCUAAAGCCAAAAAACAAACUCCACCGCCAUCUCCUACCACGCAGCCAGCUGAGCAGAAGGCACCCUCAAGCCCAGUCUAUCAGGAUGCAGUUUCCUAUGAAGCAGAGUCUUCCUACAAGAAUUCCAGUACAACGUAUUCAGCUGCACGUGAGCCAGAUUCUGGCUACAAAGCUGCAGAGUCGGACUACCAAGAAGCAGUGAGUCAGCGAGAGGCAGAAUAUGAACCCGAGACUGUCUAUGAAGUGGCAGGGGCAGGAGACCAUUACCAAGCAGAAGAAAAUGCUUAUGAUGAAUACGAAAAUGAACUUGGAAUUACAGCCAUAGCCCUUUAUGAUUAUCAGGCUGCGGGGGAUGACGAGAUUUCCUUUGACCCGGAUGACAUCAUCACAAACAUAGAAAUGAUUGAUGACGGCUGGUGGAGGGGUGUCUGCAAAGGCCGGUAUGGGUUGUUCCCUGCGAAUUAUGUGGAGCUGAGACAAUAAACCCUAUUGUCUACUGGUGAUGCCUUAAUUCCCCAGUCAAUAAAUCUGACUUAAUACACUACAAAUCAUGAUGCUUUUCUGAGGAUGAAGGGGUAUAUACAUAUUGCUUUUAUAUUUAAUACUUUGCUGAUGCUUUUUAAAAUGUUUAUGCCACAGAAAUCGCUAAUAUAUUGUAACUAUUAUGUUCUUCACUAAGGCUCUUAAAAUGAUUUUCAUGCAUUUGGAAACAUUUCUUCUCUGCCAAAUUAGCAAUUGUCAUAAAAAGCCUUUUCAAGGACAGUUAGCUGUCUGUUGUAAUAUUGCAUGUUUUACUCAUAAGUGAGCAGAUUUACUUAGUGUUUAAGUCUAGUUAGUCUUCCACUAGAUGUUUUAAGCUAAGAAAAUCAUGGCUAUGCAGGUUAUUUGCGUUUCCACUAAGCGGGAGUGGGGAGGACUGGGGUGGUGCAUAAUUUUUUCUUUUCUUUUCCAGAUAGUGCUUGAAAAAGCAAAGAGAAUGCUUGAAAGUUGCAGAUAACGGCAGUUAAUCAAAUACUGUCCAAUAUUUAUGGAAUAUUAAUCUUAUGAAGGAAACAGUCUGGUUACUUUUUCCUUCUCUUUUUAAGUGAAGUUCCUUGGCUCUUGCAUUGAUAUUUUUUGUCUUCAUUAUUUUUUUUCUGAUCUUGCUCCUCCUGUUCAUGUUAUCCCAGAGGAGGGCUGCAAACAUUCUCGUACCGAUUGUCCCAAAUUUCUUUACUUUUUAUUUCACCCUCCUGUUUCCCAGGAAAACUUGAAAAAGUUACUAUACAAGUGUUGAGUCACUCAGUGAGAUUCCUACUUGUUCAAAGGGAAACUGGCAUCCAAAGCUGUGUGACUACCUGCAGGAAUACUCAUAGCUUUAAACAGGAGAAAAAAGGCAGGCUGGAAUUGCAAUUGUGCUCUGUGUGCAACACAUCGUUUCUUCACACAAGGAAUGGCCUGCUGUGCAGUAGUGACAGUUUAUGUAACCAUUUUUGAGUCAAGGAAUGUUAAUACAAGUAAUUAGAUUUAAAACCCAUAUAAAUGAUCUCCAUUUUUAAACCAUACAAGAGACAGCUAUACUUUUUGUAUGUUCAGCAGAAACUGCCAGUAACAUUCUUCUAAACAACAAAAUUAAACCUCUUCUUUGCCAAAACUGAAAUCCUUGUUCAAGAAAGCUGACUUCACUGCAGAUUUAGGGUCCCUACCAAAGAUAGUAAGUUGCAUCUAGUAGUGCACAUGUUCAAUGUAUGUACUGUCUGUUUCCACCUUCUGAUCAAAAUGGGAAUGGCAGAACUGGUGUAGUUAAGAAAGAAUGCAAAGAAUUUUUAUAAACUGUAAAUUUGGACCAACUGAAUAUAGAAGGCCUGUAUAAAAUGGUGAAAUGUACAAUGUAUCUAGGAUGAAGGCAUCAUGUUGAACCAAUUCUUGGGUGGUUGGGACAAUCCUUAAUGAAUGUCAUAUGUGUGUCAUGAUUCUAUUUUUUUUUUCCUUUCCAUGGUCUCAUUUCUGUGUUGUAUUUGCAUUACUAGGGUUGGGUUUUAUAUGCAGUUUAUUUUAUCCAAUUUUGCAUAGAACACCUCAUAGGGAUAUGAUUUUUGUAAAUUAAAUAUUCAAUAAACUUUUUGAACCAUUUGCAUG